AUGGUGUUUGUCAAAAACCUCCAGGGACAAACCGUCUCCUUUGACGUGAGCCCCUUGGCCAAGGUCGCCGAACUUAAGGCUAGAAUCGAAGAAAUCGAAGCCAUCUCUGCUGAAGAACAACGUCUUCUCUUCGCCGGUAAGUUUUUUUUUAUUUCGCUUGAAUUUUAGAGUUAAAAAUUUAAAUAAUUGUACUUUUUGUUAUAGUUAAUACAAAGCUGACUCUCGAGAGCAGUUCGAUUCGUCUUUUUGGGAUCGAACAGCUUGAGGACGGACCCGGCUAGAUCAAAAAUUCAUUGGUUGCUAUUUUAGGACAACAGCUGGAUGAGGAAUUGACUUUGGCCGACUUCGGAGUUGAAGCCCUCUCUACUGUCCAUCUUGACCUCCGUCUUCUCGGUGGUGGCAAAAAGAGAAAGAAGAAGGUCUACACUACUCCAAAGAAGAUCAAGCACAAGAGAAAGAAGGUCAAACUUUCCGUCUUGAAGUACUACAAAAUCGACGACGAUGACAAGAUCCAAAGACUUCGUUCCGAAUGCAGCUCUGUCUCAUGCGGUGGUGGAGUCUUCAUGGCCAAGCACAAGGACCGUCUUUACUGCGGCAGAUGCCACCAGACUUUGAUUGAGAAGAAAUAA